AUGGCCACCAGCUGCAGUGACGAGCGCUCGUCGCUGCUGCAUUCGGACAACUCAAGGUCCACUAGUUACUAUGCACGUCUGCUAAAGAAGAGCUUAGCACUGCUGUUGGUACUCGCUGGGGGCAUCGCCUGCGUCAUUGUCGUCUUGCGAGGGUUUUUUGCUCCGUCGGAACCGGUUUUACCGCGGGUACAUGCCGACAAGUACGAUGCAAUCGUCAUUGGUGGAGGCCCGGCAGGAUCAGUAGUAGCCAAACUGCUAAGUGAUGAUCCAUGGCGACGCGUGUUGCUGAUUGAAGCAGGUGGCGUGUCCCAGACACAGUUGGGGGGCAAGGAGGCCAUCGAUUCACCGCUCAAUACAAAGAACUUGACACCGUUUGACGUGCCUUUUUACUGGACCAUUGUGGUAAAUACGCCGCCGUUGCACUGGCCGUAUCCGGAUGUAAACGUGGCGAAAGCUCUGGGAGGCUGUGGCGUACACAACGCGAUGCUCUACGUUCGGGUCUUGCCGUCAGAUUUGGAACGCUGGGAUAUUACGAACUGGACGUGGGAGCAGGCGCUGAAAAUUUACACGUCUAUCGAGGACUUUGACGGGCCGAACACGAGCUACCACGGCACGCGAGGAUUCUUUCGUACUAGUCCACCUGCAGUGAAGACAAACUUGUCCCACGAGUUCAUUGAGGCGUGUGUGCACGCAGGUAUCCCGCGAACGAUGGACUUUAAUGCGCCUGGUGGGCGACAUGGUGCCGGGUAUUACCACUUCAAUACCCGCGAUGGCAUACGCGAGAGCGCUGCUAAAACAUUUCUUGGGCCAAUGCUGGACAACGAUACGGCAGAAUCCACGCGAAGUAACUUCCGCUUGAUGCUGGACACCAUGGUCACCAAAAUCAAUAUCAAUGAGCAGAACGUAACGGAAGGAGUAGAAGUGCGCUAUGCAAAUGGCACGGCCGAGGUCAUUCGGCUGGCAGAACUCGGUGAGGUCAUUGUCACGGCCGGCGCGAUCAAUACGCCCAAGAUCCUGAUGCUGUCUGGAAUUGGCGAUUACGCCACGCUUGAGAAGGCUGGUCUACCAACGAAGAAACACUUGCCAUGGGUAGGCAUGAACCUUCAGGAUCAUCCUGUCAUUGGAAUGUCAUUCAAGUACGAUCCCAAAGAAGAAGUCGAUCUCGAAGCGGAACUCGACGCGUACUUCGUGGCCACCAAUGCGAGAGAUACCACCGCGUCCAGCUACGGACUUUUCGGCUCCGCCGGUCUCAGUGCUGGAGCAUUUUUGACUCCUCCGGGCUCGACGGUGCCUGAAAUCCAGCUCACGCUAUUUCCGCGUAAAUCGGAACCCCACAUAUCUACCACUGCCACACUUAACCACGCCACAGAGGUUGUAAUUACGGUUGCAUUACUGCACCCUCUUGCUCGUAACCGCGUUGUACUCAUACACGAUGAAGAUGAUUCUGUCGACGACGACAAUGUCGACCACCUAGUACCGCAUGUUGUCUCGGAAGAGUCAGACGGUGAGGCGGAACACCUGAGACCGGGUGACGUGUGGAAGAUAUCCUGGGCGAUUGGUGUGGUCCGCAAUAUAACAUCAAAGCUGGCUGAGAGGAACGUGAUCGGACACGAGAUUGCCCCGGGUGUUGGUAUUUCUUCGAGUGAAGACUUGGACAGAUGGGUGCUCAGUGCCGCCUUUCGUAACUCGCACUGGGUUGGCAGCGCAUCCAUGGCAAAUACAGAAGAGGAAGGUGUUGUGGAUAAUCACUUGCGUGUCUUCGGGAUUCAGCACCUCCGCGUAGCUGACGCAUCCGUCAUGCCACUCAUUCCAAAUGGCAACGUGCACUCGUCGGUGGUGAUGAUAGCAAGUCGAGCUGCUCAGAUUCUGCGUGAAGAUGAAGCAGAAUACCGACGGCCCAGAGCGCCUUAG